AUGGCGUCCAAGAGGAUCCUCAAGGAGCUCAAGGACCUGCAGAAGGACCCUCCCACCUCAUGCAGCGCAGGUCCUGUAGGUGAGGACAUAUUUUUGGUGAACAUUCAUUUCCCACCGGAUUACCCCUUCAAGCCCCCGAAGGUCUCUUUCCGCACCAAGGUGUUCCACCCAAACAUCAACAGCAACGGCAGCAUUUGCCUUGACAUUCUCAAGGAACAGUGGAGCCCGGCUUUGACCAUAUCAAAGGUCCUCCUGUCAAUCUGUUCGUUGCUGACGGACCCCAACCCCGAUGAUCCCCUGGUGCCUGAGAUCGCUCACAUGUACAAGACUGAUCGGGCCAAGUAUGAGUCCACGGCACGCUCCUGGACACAGAAGUAUGCCAUGGGCUAG